AUGGUAAUUGGGUUCUUGAAGAAAUACAUCUUCACCAGAUAUGGCACGUCGCGGGCAAUAAUCAGUGAUGGGGGCAAACAUUUUUUUCUAACCCCAUAUCAUCCACAAACUUGCGGGCAAGUUGAAGUGUCCAAUUGGCAGCUGAAGAGAAUAUUAGAGGCCACAGUAAAUUCAUCCCCAAAAGACUGGUUAAAAAAGUUGGACGAUACAUUGUGGGCAUAUAGGACAGCAUUCAAGACACCAAUAGGCAUGUCUCCAUUCCACCUAAUCUUUGAAAAAGCAUGCCACCUUCCACUAGAAAUAGAACACCGGGCAUACUGGGCAAUGAAACGAUUGAACAUGAAUUUGAAAGCCACCGAUGAAAAGCAUUUAUUGCAACUCAAUGAGUUAGAUGAAUUAAGAAUGGAAGCAUAUGAAAAUUCAAAGCUUAUCAAAGAACGCACCAAAAGGUGGUAUGAUCUACACAUUUAG